AUGGCUGCAGCAGCAGAAAACUGGGUUAAGUCCUGCGAGAUUUGCGCAACAAAUGGUAGACCAGAAAAGCCGACACCAAUGAAAAGAAUAUUCGCUCCACAAGCAGUGUGGGACACUAUAGCAUUGGAUUUUAACGGACCGUAUAUGAAAUACAAUGGAAUCUCCAUUCUGGUACUCGUAGAUUAUCGAUCUAGAUACCUUAUGGCACAUCCAGUCAAAACCACAAAAUUCGAGCAUACGAGAAAUGUUUUAGAGGAAAUAUUUGCGAGGGAAGGAUUUCCCAGGAUUAUUCGAUCGGAUAAUGGACCCCCCUUCAAUGGAGAGGAAUACGCGGCCUAUUGUGCACAAAGGGGUAUCCAAACCAUUUAUUCGACGCCGCUUUUCCCUCAACAAAACGGAUUGGUGGAAAACUACAUGAAAUUGAUCAAUCGGGCAAUGUCAACUGCUGCUAGUGGCAACAAGAACUUUAUUUAUGAAUUACGUGCCGUUGUUAAUGCCCACAAUGCUGCAAAUCAUACAGUUACCGGUUUUCCACCUGAAGAAGUUUUCCUGGGAAGAAAAAUCAAACGCCGUUUACCACUACUGACUUACAAGAGGGCAGAUUUUAGCGACGAUGUUCUUAACAAACGAGAUAAGGAAGCAAAACUGCGAGGAAAACAACAAGAAGAUGCUCGUAGAGGUGCUCGGAAAUAUAACGUAAAACCAGGUGACAGCGUUAUCAUUGAACGAACGAAUCGAGGCAAAGGGGACACAAGAUUUGCACCACAUCGAUAUACAGUUGUGCGGGAAAACAACGGAAAUCUCGUACUCAGUAGCAACGGGCAGAUCCUAAGACGGCACGUCUCUCAGGUUAAAAAAGUAUUCGAAUGGCGGCAUAACUUUAAUCAUCCAGCAGAGGAAAUUAAAAAACGUCCAAUGCGAGAGAAAAGAACACCAGAAUAUUUGACAGAUUUUGUUCACUAA